AAACCAUCUGUCACUGAAUAUGACCAAAUACAUUCCUAUGUGCUACACAAAACAACAAAACGCAGCGACGAAGAAGAUUGUGAAAAACAAGUGGAAACAAAUACGAAUGGAACAAUAUCGCUCACACUUCCAUAUCAUUAUGGAUCUAUUUCGUUUACUUUUAAAGUAGUGUGUUGUUUACAUUUUCUUCGGUUUUUCGUGCACAAUUUCCUUCUGUCCUAACUGUCAUCGUCUGAAGAAAGGCUCUGCUGAUAUCACAAAAUAUCUGGGCGUGGGCGACAAAGUUAUAUUAUAUCUUUUUGUGUUAUGUGAUGGCCACAGUUACUGCUGCUUCCAACACGAUGGUUGCCGAGUUGUGGCGUGAAUGUGCUGCUUGGCUCACGCGCUGCAAUAUAAUUCCAAAUGACCACCGUGCCAAUCACCUAGACUCGGAUAUUAAAGUCCUCGCAACCAUUCUCCGAGACGGAGUGCUGCUGUGUAAUUUAGCAAUUUUUUUCGAUCCGUCGUCUUUUGAUAGAAAAGAUUUCAAUCGCAAACCUCAAAUGGCACACUUUCUUUGCAUACAAAACAUUAAACUGUUUCUUGAAGCAUGCAAAACCAACUUUGGCUUGAAGGAAGCGGAUCUGUUCGAACCGACCAUGUUGUACGACCUUACCAACUUUCAUCGGGUGCUUCUAACUCUAUCCAAAUUAUCAACAUGCAGAAAAGUGCAAGCUGCAAAUAAUAUACCGUAAGUUCACUUAAAAUUAGAACCAAUUCACCAUUC